CGUUAUCGAGGUGAACGUCCGACGUAGCGACUUCAGGUUGUUCAACGUCGUCGUAGUCGGUCACCGAGGACCGCGUCCUGGAGUCGUCGUCAACCGUAGUGGACGGUAUGGGAUGUACACCGCUUCAUCGUCGGAAAGCGUCGCGGUAGCCGAAUUCUCAUCGCCCACGUCGGUAGUUAAACACCACGUGACCGUGGUACCGACAACCGUGGCCGGCUCCGUGUUGGUAGAAGCGUCGACGAAACGAACGACGGCGCGGUCGCGGUCGGCCGAGAGCAAGCCGGUCCUCUCCGAGUUCCGCCGCCCGAAUCGCACAACCCUCGUGCAGGACCAUUGGCGUUCGGAUGAGAUUUACGAAAAUAUCAACAGGAGCGCAAAUAAAAACCUUCAACGUCAAUGCGUGCAUAUAUGGUCGAGGCCGACCGCGGUGGUUUCCGCCAUUGUAGCCACCACCGCCGUACGAGGAUUGAGGUCCUGGGUAUUGUCGUCAGGGCCCGAUCAUCAUGUUGUGCUGCCAGGGACCAACAUCGCGAUUCCUUCCACCGCCUUUCGAUCCCCAAGACGUGUCCUGGCGUUGGUUGCGCUGUUGCAACGGCCUGGCGAUGGUUUUGAUCAUGUCCGACCGGUUGACGGGCGACACGUGCACCAGGUUCGAGCCCAUGUAACACUGGUCCUUAACCAGAGCCAUGUGCAUCUGGUGCACGCUGCCGAACUCGCAGCACGGACGCGUGGGCGAAGAACCGUGUGAUGUCCGCAGUGGUCACCCACGUUGGCAACCCGUGCACGAACAUGCAGUCAAAACGGAUGCCGGGCGGGGCAACGUCCGAUCUGAUGGGCGGCUGCGCGAAAGACACUAGUUAUGGUUAUAGUGGCGACCGCCGCCGCCAGUGGUGGCGUCCUCCACGGGAAACCGUCCGGUUCCGCCGCUAACGGGGUGUGCUCUCCUUAUGGUCGGGUUUUUGUUGCCGUUACGCUAGUAAGGAUGAGGCCCAUGUUGCUGCAGCUGCUACAUUUGGUACCCAUAGAUCUGCGUUAUUUGCAUUAUCUGCUGUCGCGCAGUUUCGAUGAAUGUCGCAUCUCGUUGUCCGAGCUCAACAACAGCUUGAUCUGUACCUCCUUGAUAUAACCACAGUCAGUAAGCAUAGUCUGGCUAACAUCCUCAUCAAUACUGUUAAAUAAUUGGAGGUAACCAUAAGAAAAUGUAAAAAAAAAAAACAGAAUUUCCAAUCACCGAAUUAAUUUCCAAAUUAUUAUUUACCUAAAAGAAAUGAAAGCAUCGCCUUUUUGUCCGACGACGAUGUAAACUUCACCAUCGGGUAUUGUCAGUCCUUUGAAAUAUUGUCUUAUGUCUGCGGCAUUGGCUGACACUCAUGAUUUUGCCUAAAUAAAUACAUUUGUUUGGUUAAAAUAUAUUAGAAAUAUAUUUAUAAAAUAUAUUAGCAUUUUUCACUGUGGACCGCGUGAUAAAAUAAUUAUAAUUUAUCGGUUUGUUUAUGUGGAAGAUAAGAUUGUAAA